GUUUACUUAGCUGCGUUGCAACAACAACUGAUCCAGGACUUGUCGUUUUUUUGUGUUCCUUUCUCACCAAAAGAGCUCCCUCGAAGCAGUCUCAUCGGCUUUAAAAGGGAAGCUCAGACUUCCCUCUCCCCAGCCACUUCAACCAGCUCCUCCGGUGGGAUCCCAAGGCGUUUCCAGGCCAGCCGAGAGACAUAGUCUCUCCAGCGUCUCCUGGGUCGUCCCCGGGGCCUCCCGCCGACAUCACUGGUGACGAUCUUCACCCUGAGAAGCACGAUUCCCCCCACGAUAUACAGGAGGAGGAGUCAAAGAUGUCGGACAUCAAACAGGAAGCGGAGCCAGAGACCCCCAGGAUUAAAGAAGAAGAACAGGAAGAGGAAACCACUUUUCCACUGACUGUCAUUGUGAAGAGCAAAGAAGAUGAACUUUCAAGCGCAGAGAGCGGAGCCGCGAAACCUUCGGGCGGCAUCUCAUUUCAACACCUGACAACAAAUGAAGAGGCAGUAUCGCAACUGGACGGCCUCUUGCUGAAGAUUUCCACCCUGAGAAGCACGAUCCCCCCCCACAUUAAACAGGAGGAGUCAGAGAUGUCGGACAUCAAACAGGAAGCGGAGCCAGUGACCCCCUUCAUUAAAGAAGAAGAACAGGAAGAUGAAAUCACUUUUCCAUUGACUGUCAUUGUGAAGAGCGAAGAAGAUGAACUUUCAAGCGAAGAGAGCGGAGCCGCGAAACCUUCGAGCGGCAGCUCAUUUCAACACCUGACACCAAAUGAAGAGGGAAAAUCGAAACCGGACGGCCUCUUGGCGCCACUCUCAAACAGUGAAGACGUGACAACCCACUCUUCGGAUUUUACCACUGAUGAAGAGGAUGUGGACGUUGACCCAAAGUCUAGGAAAUCUUUAAAAAAGUCAUCAUUGACAAGAGAUUCAAAAAACUACGCGGGUGGGAAACGAUUUGCCUGCACACAUUGCGAUAAAAUAUUUUCUUGGAAGCAUCACUUACAAAGACACAUGCAUACACACACUGGGGACAGACCAUUUGCCUGCUCAGUUUGUGGUAGAAGAUUCAACGAUAAGGGAAAUUUAAACAAACAUGCAACUAUACACACUGGAGAGAAGCCAUUUGCCUGCUCAAUUUGCGAAAAAACUUUUUCUUGGAAGUCGCAGUUAAUAAGACACAUGCAUACUCACACUGGAGAAAAGCCUUUUCUCUGCACAGUUUGUGAUAAGAGAUUCAUCACGAAGAUAGAAUUAAACUAUCAUAGUAGAACACACACCGGCGAAAAGCCUUGUGUCUGUACAUGUUGUGGUAAAAGAUUCACACGAAAGGGAGAUUUAACCAAUCACAAAAGAGCACACACUGGAGAGAAGCCUUAUCCCUGCUCAUUUUGUGAUAAAAGGUUUUGUGUGAAGCAAGCGUUAACAAGACACACGCGCAUGCACACUGGAGAGAAGCCUUUUCCCUGCUCACUCUGCGAUAAAAGAUUCUCAGAGAAUGGAGAGUUACUCAGACAUGGAAGAAAAUGGCAUGGAGUUAGUAAGAAAACACUCACACAGGAGCAGCAUUACGAAUCGCACUCAAGAACCCACACCGGGGAAUAACCUUUUAAUUGCAGUGUGUGACAAAAGAAAUGAUUGUGUAGAUCCUGCUCAUUUUCAGAACUAUUCAGUAUUCAUGAUUUCAUACCUUUUAUUUGAUUGAAUUGGGAUACUUCUCUUUCUGUUGGGGUUGUUCCAUCACAUGAUUCUUUUCCGAUUGUACUGCUUUCCGUUUUUAUUUUGAACUUUGGCAUUUAAAAUACUUUGAUGCUGCACUUGUUUUUGUUGUUUGUUCAAUUCAGUGUUGUUUUUGGCAGCCUUAUUGAUUCUCGUCUUAAUCUUUUGGACAAAAAUACUUCUUAGUUGUAGUCAUGUUUUAGUCAUUUCAAAAUGUGUUAGUCUUCAUCUACUUUUAGUCGACAAUUAGUCAAAAUGUUUUCGUCAAUAUGUAACGGGUAUCUCAGAUUUGCUAAUAUUGUAUGUUUUCUAAUUACACAAAAAUUCAAAGAUGGAACUUUUUUGUUUGUAUGUUGUUUGUUUCCCCUAUGUCAAUUGUUAACGCAACACCUUGGGUGCACUUAGUUAUCCCCUUUUCUGUGUGGAUGUCAAUGGGGAGGUAAGUGCCAUUUGCAUGUGGAGACUUUUGUUCUAAUAUGUAAUUUCCAGGCGUAUAUUCAAGUAUAAAAAUCGCAUUGCAUCUCUUUUUGUAUUUUAAACAGGGGCACGUUGUUAACGCCAAGUUUAAUGAGAGGAUUGUGUCUUUUUGUGACUUGUCAGAAAUUAAAUGCACAUCACAUCACAGUCUUGACUCCCGUUGUCCUGUUAAACAUACAAUCUG